AUACGUUCCUUGUACGUCAUGUGUGAACAACCCUUUCAAGAAGUUGAGAAUUUCGUUGAAGAAUGCGUAGAGGCGUAUGAUAUUGAACUCGUACGGAUGGAUGGGUCAAUGAAGGAUGCCCUUGCUACGUAUCUUGGUACCAGGAAGGGUGUAAAAGCUAUGUUCAUCGGCACGAGACGAAACGAUCCUCAUGGAGCCAAGCUGAGUUUCGUGACUCCCACGGAUCCAAGUUGGCCAGCACUCCAAAGGGUUCAUCCUAUCAUUAAUUGGACAUAUCAUGAUGUUUGGGCGUUCCUUCGGUAUUUUGAGAUACCGUAUUGCUCAUUGUACGACCUUGGGUAUACAUCAUUAGGGUCGGUGUAUAAUACGUAUCGGAAUCCGGCGCUCCUUGUGAAGCGGGGGGACGGGGAGGGAGAUGGGGCCCAAGGGGAGCCUUGGUCUGUUUAUAGGCCCGCGUAUGAACUAGUGGAUGGGGAGCUGGAGAGGGCGGGGAGGGGGAGG